AUGUCCCUUCUCUUUCCUUCGAGGGGUUUCCUGACAGCAGACGAAGGCACCAAAUCCCGUCCCCAAAUCUGCUUCCUUCCAGAGUCCCUUCCCAAGCCCUCCCUCAGGGCCUGGCCCAGCUCGGUGGUGCCUCCCAAGAGUACUGUGACACUGCAGUGCCAAACGUCUACCAAGAAUGUCAACUUUGUUCUCAGGAAGGGAAAAGUUGUAUUGCAGUCCGUGCAAUCACAGGCUUCCACAGAGGGCCUGGCUGAAUUUCACCUCACUGACCUAAAAACCGACAAUGCUGGAGAGUACACCUGUGAGUACUACAGACUAGGGAGCCCGGACGUAAGUUCGCAGCCCAGUGAUGUCCUCCUACUGCUGGUGACAGGAGAUUUAACAAAACCUUCCCUCCAAGCCCACCCAAGGGGGGAGGUGACCGCAGGAGACACUGUGACCCUGCAGUGCCAGAGGCCGGACAAUAUUUUCGUGCCUGUAAUGUUCGCUCUACUGAAGGCGGGGGCAGCAGAGCCCAUACGGGUCCAGAGUCCUGCAGGGAAGGAGACGGACUUCUCCCUCCGGACUGUGACAGUCAGUGAUGCCGGGAACUACAGCUGUGUGUACUUUCUGAUGAGGGCUCCCUUCCUGACCUCACAGCCUAGUGAUCGUCUUGAGAUCCGGGUGACAGCUCCCCCAGGUGCCACGUCGGGGGAUUACACCACGGGCAACCUCAUCCGACUGGGUCUGGCUGCCAUGAUUGUGCUGAUCAUGGGGGCUCUCGUGGUGGAAGCCUGGUGCAGCCAGAAGGCGUCUCCACGAAGCUUAUCUAAACCAAACUUCCUCAAUCAGAAGAGGCUUACGGUGACACCAGGAGAGAACGAGACUCUUCAGUGCCAGAAGACAGACCUCGAGACUGCAUUUAUCACGUGUGCUCUGCUGAAGCAGGGAAUUCCUGAGCCUGCUGACAUCCCGGAGACCAUCAGGGAACGUGGCUCACUUCGCCUUCGGGACUGUAAGAGUCAGGGACCAUGGCAGCUACAGAUGUGUACACUACCACACCGAGGCUCCUUUCUGGGCCUCACGGCCCAGCAACAGCUUCGAACUGUGGGUGACAGAUCUGAGUUUCUGAUCCGCAUCACCUUCCCUCUCGCUAAAGAACUUCUGGUUACAUUCCGUGCAAGGCAGGUGUAG